CUACUCUUAAUGGAACCAUAUCAAGUCAGGCUGUGGACCCUGAUCUGUGCUUGUCAAUUUAUUUUCUCCUGUUCAUUUUCUGUAAGAUUUUGCAGUUACUGGAAUGAACCAAAAUCACUACAAAGGCACCAACAACAACAACUGCAGUAAAAGUCUUCUCAAUGAUCAAAAGGAAAAGCUUAUCCAGGCUAUUAAAAGAAUCAAGCACGAGGUAGAUGAAUGCAGGGAAGCAGAGAGGGAGACAUUUAUAGAGUCUCUGGGAGUAGAGAACAGUUUUGAUGUCCUCAAACGAGAAGUCAGAUCCGAGUUUGAGAACCUCCACCGUUUCCUGGAUGAGGAGGAAUGUAAGGAUCUGGAGCGACUUCAAAGAGAGAGACAGAAACAAGUGAAGCAGCUGAAGGAGAGGAAGAAGAAAAUAGAAGCGCAAGCGACAGACCUGGAGACAGCGAUAUCAGUCCUCAACAAAAAACUGACCGAGGAGGACCAUCCCAAACUGCUCAGAGUGAGGAAGAGAAGACAUCGGCAUGCACAUAUGUGGCUUAUUAUUAGCUUGAAUACUCUGUAACCAUUUCGACAGAGGGUUAGCU